AUGAUGUCAUUUGUAGCGUUUGUAUCGUUUACUGUAAUAUCAUUGACAGGAGUGGCGAAAGGAGUGCCGUUUUGUGACACCAAAUCGAUGGACAACGUGUAUAGUGUGGGACAUCUGGUAUACAUGACCCGAUGCGGCGAAGUGUGGACAUACGACCCGCGUAUGGACGACGGCCUCUCCGGCUUCACAAAGGAUUACGCGUUUUACACUUUGGCGCGAAGAUAUUUCGGCCCUAAUCUGCACGAGUGGGCGGGCAGGCAGUGGGACGAACAGAUGAAGAGGGAGUUCCGGUUCGCCGUCUGGUCUUUCCAAGAGCUCGACUGCACCGAUAGUAUCGAAACCAUCGAUAGUGUGUGCGCUCAGGCCGUUGAGGCCUGGAAUGGCUACACAGCAAUGGUCGACAACCAUACGGGCAUAUUCUUCCGAUAUAGGGGUGAGUUUGAGAACAUCGGCAAAUGGGUGGACGGCAAGGAUCCGAUGGGAAUCGGAUGGACGAUCGGAAUGGAGGCAAUCGCCACCACAGUCCGGACCAAUUGGUGGCCCAAAAUAGAUAAGCUGACCAGCCAUGAUUUGGCUUUCGAUUUCUCGUCCACAAUACACGCGGCCCUCUUCGUCAAGAAUGAAAAUCGUCUUUAUAUGGCUCUUCUAUCAGCGAAUACGAAGUACUAUUGCGUAACUCAUCUAAAUAUGGACAAAGAGUUGCAUAAUGUAACCAAACUCCCGGUGUCGGGCAUUCUCUCCAAAUACCCCAAUUGGGCCGAAGGUUACUGUUUUACAGGCAUUUUGGUGGGAAUGUUCUUCGACGAGAAGAUGAACAAAGCAUAUAUCGUCGGUCAAGUGCUCUAUGAAAGGCGUUGGUUUGAGGAUCAGAUCUAUGAGAUGACGGCCACCGAUGGUCAAAAAGUUAUCAUCACUGAAGUGGAAGAGAAUCAGUAUCCAGGAGUACCGAAGUCUUUGCGCUCGUAUUUUGGUUGUGGCAUCUCUGAGGAAGCGGUCGAUGAGGCCAAAGAGCAAAGAGAUAAACACAUAAUAAAGAGAUCCAUCAUUGAAGACACACACAAUGGCAUCAAUUAUUAUCUCGAUGUUUGUGUGAAACGAUUUGGCGAAGAGUUUGUUCAGUACUUUCUAAUUGGCGUUUCGUUUCUUCUGUUCCUCAGUAUUGUCCGCAAUGUUUGGGUCAUUUAUUUAAACUCCGCAAAAGUUUCCGACAAAAAGACUUAA